AUGCAGGACGGACAGCCUCCCAGCAGCAAAGUCCAGAUGUCCAUUAAGGAAUUUUAUCCAACACGGUUCAAGAAGCAGCCGGCAGUCCAAACCCCGAAGCAGGGAAGAUCUGACCAAGAGGAAGCUUCGGCUGUGGCAGAAAAUGGCGAGCAAAAGUCUUUGCAGCUGCCUUCAAAGUUGUGUGGGCAGGGCAUGAUGGAGCGAAUUAAGUUGGCUGCCAUGAUCAAGGAGCUACCGAUCGAGGACACCUGCGCAGUAGUGAGACAAUCGAAGAUGAGCAGCAGCACCAACGUGCCAUGUGGUGCCGGCGUCGCGUUUGAAGCUGAAAGACAAGCUGUUGACUGUCGAGGCAUGGAAGAGCUCAGCACGUCCAUGGCAGUAGCGGCGAUUGCAUCGGCAUCAGCGGCAUAUUCAAGGCGCAUCUACUUGGAACCACCUGCCUCAAGUGAAGGAUCUAACGGUGUCUGCUCUGUGAGGUCCUCCCCGGUAAGAGCGAGGCUCGAGGACACGCAAGGGAAGGAGGAGAGUGGCAGGUCUCCUUCAGAGGAAGGGAGGGAGACGGGGGAUGUGAACAUGACUGACGUUGGAGGGAGCUUGCACUCCAACCAUUUUCUGGCUCAGAGCCCUCCAAGGCUGCAGCACACCAUACUGGCGCAUCCUAUCCGCCGGCACCAGAACGGAGACGCGUUGCCCCACCAUGCAGGGAGGCGACAACGAAGCCUGCAAACGAAGAUCAUGUCGGACGAGAAAGCGACCAACAUGCAGGGAAAGAUGCCAGCGUUCUGCUCUUGCGAGCCGUUCAACAUGCCGUUGGAUAUGCGGGCAACCAGGGAAGGGCUGGAGAAGCUCAACGAACUAGUCGCCCAGGCACAUCGCUUGAAUAGCAUUCCUUCGGUUUCCUCCCCGGACCGUCAUGUCCCGAUCUCGCCGAUGCAAGGACAGAGCGUGAACCAAGAUGACGUGACGAACAUGUUGAUGUGCGAUGAAGACCUGGACGCCCACAACUUUGAGGACAACAUGUACCUCUCACCCUCGGACUCGCAGCGGUUCUUCAACAGCAGGUUCGAACACUCCUCAGCUCCCAGGAGCGACGUGAGCAUCCGGUCGGUUCAACUCCAGCAUGAGCCAGGGUCGAUGUCACCCACCUGGGGCCUCCUUCAUCACUCGCCGAGCCAGGGCAAGUGA